UUGCUUCAGUGCCUCGUCAUAGAAGAAGAGUUACAUCCUUGCUUGUCUGCUCUGCUGGUACCAUGGCGGCCGCCUUGAGGAGAAGCGUAGUAACAUUGGUCAAGGAUCUGGGAGUCCCAUGCUGGCAGCAGCUGGCCUCUCGACCUCUGAGUGUGUCUGCGGGGCUCUUUAGUCCAGAGACCCCACCUGCCCGAGCUGAUGGGACCUUCAAGGUCACAAUGGUUCCAGGAGAUGGAGUAGGACCUGAGCUGAUGACGGCUGUCAAAGAUGUCUUUAAGGCUGGGGACAUCCCUGUUGAAUUUGAGGAGUUUCAUUUGAGUGAAGUACAAAACAUGGCCAGUGAGGAUAAACUAGAGCAAGUUUUGACCUCAAUGAGGAACAAUAAAGUAGCUAUCAAAGGAAAGAUUCACACGCCUAUGGAGUACAAAGGGGAGUUGGCAUCCUAUGAAAUGAAACUAAGGCGUAAACUGGACCUGUUUGCUAACGUGGUUCAUGUGAACAGCCUGCCUGGCUACAACACUCGCCACAACAACCUGGACCUCGUCAUCAUCCGCGAGCAGACUGAGGGCGAGUACAGCUCCCUGGAGCACGAGAGUGUUUCAGGUGUGAUCGAGUGUUUGAAGAUCAUCACCAGAGAAAAGUCACGGCGUAUCGCCAAGUUCGCCUUUGAUUACGCCACCAAGAAGGGCCGAAACAAGGUCACCGCUGUUCACAAAGCCAAUAUCAUGAAAUUAGGUGAUGGCCUGUUUCUGCAGAGUUGUGCAGAGGUGGCACAGCUGUACCCCAAAAUCAAAUAUGAGAACAUAAUCAUCGACAACUGUUGUAUGCAGCUGGUUCAGAACCCAUACCAGUUUGACGUACUGGUGAUGCCCAACUUGUACGGAAACAUUAUUGACAAUUUGGCAGCGGGGCUGGUCGGAGGAGCAGGAGUGGUUCCCGGGGAAAGCUACAGCGCAGAAUACGCUGUUUUUGAGACUGGUGCACGCCACCCUUUUGCCCAAGCUGUAGGAAGGAAUAUCGCUAACCCGACCGCCAUGUUGCUCAGUGCUGCGAACAUGCUUCGGCACCUGAAUUUGGAAUAUCAUUCCCAAAUGAUAACUGAUGCUGUCAAGAGGGUCAUCAAACAGGGGAAGGUGCGGACUCGAGACCUUGGCGGGUACUGUACCACUGGCGACUUUGUGCAUGCAGUUGUGGAAAACCUGCGUCACAAACCUGUUCAUUAGUUUCAUCCCAUCCCCUCCCUGACCUUGCCUUAAAUCUGGACUCUGAUCUUAACGUGAGCCGAGUGCGUUAAGAUUAAAGGCUUUUCCUUCGUGUUAAAUGACAGCUGUGUCCCGCUGCUUUGACAGAGAAAUUGUUUAUGGUUUGUGUUGAGCUUGCUGAUAAAUCCAGUGGAAGUCGCAGCGAUGUGUUGCUCUUUGCUAAUAAAAAAAAGUGCAACUGUGGAGGAUUUCCAUCGUGCAGCUGACUCCUGUUUCCUUCCUGCACCUGCGUCCCUUUUAUGUCCUGUCUCAGGUUGCUUUUAACCAAAUAAAAUUGUCAUUUUACUAAUUUUGCRAGACCUUUUACAUGAAUUGAGUUUUUUUUUUUUUUAGUUGAGAUUUAUGAGGAACACAUGAGCAGUCARUGUCUUACCUGCAGUCAUCAGGAGUCAGAAUGAUACUAAUUUGGAGAUGGGGAGGUCCUAAUAGAUGAGAUCRUCAGUAGUCUAAAAUGACACAAAACUAMAACUGUUUAAUGCAUCUGAAGUGAAAACUGUAGGUCAGAGUUCUACAACUUUUUUGCAUCAGACACUUUGUUUUGUUGUUUACUUGCUCAAUGAUUUUAACUAGCUGAUGCCAUCUGUCUUUGUCCUUUAUAUUUAAUUUGUUGAAUAACUUAUUAUUUAUUGUUACUUUUUCAAAAAUACAAAAGUUUGUGUGUGUCAAAGUAAACAAAUGUCUGAUGUGAAGGUGAUGCAGUUUAUGCAAACACACUAUAGACACCACUUACGACUGCUGUUUUUUAUUUAGUUUUUAUUUUUUAGGCUUGAAAUUGUAAAUCACAAAUGCUAAUUUGGUAGCUUCAGUGAGCUGWUAGCUCAUUUUGUAGAUCAGGAAUCCUUAUUUUGAUUCCCCAAACUGUGAUUGUUCUGAUUGUUGUCCACUGCAGGUAACACACUGACUACGGUAAUCAUUAGUGUUGCACAAUACGACACCUUCAGGAGAUGAGAGGGGAAAAAAGUGCUCUUUUUCUUUUUCACGUGAUUUUAAACUAACUGUAAAGCAACCAAACUGCCUUAUCCUUCAUGUUUACUAAUGGACGUAAGUCUUACAAAGACUGAAUGUAAAAUCUUUUUAUUUUACAGUAAAUCUGCUUCUUCUGCCUCAAA